AUGAUGAAUUGGUUUAAAAAAAAAGAAACCACGGAAGAACCCCAAGUCAAAUCAGAAUAUGAUAGUUAUGUAACACCACCACCAUUUGGUAAUUAUUUGGCUAAAAAACCAGAAAAGCCUAAAUCAUUAAAAAAUGAAAAAAUAAAUGUAACUGAAUUUAAAGGUUUUACUCCACCACCAAAAUUUGAAUUUAAAGAAGAUACAACAGAUACUCAAUAUGAUCAAGAUUUUUCAAAAUAUACAAAUAACAAUUUUAUAGAUUCCUCAUUUUAUGAUGAUAAGCCAAAUAUGUUUGAUUUUACUUUAAGUCAUAGAACUAAAGCUUGUUUAGAAAGCGUAAAAAUGGGGGUAAAAAUGGGAACAAUGGUUGGUGGAAUUUUUGGAAGUUUAACUGGUUUAUAUGCAUCUUUUGCUCAUAAAAAUUUAUUUAUUUUUCCUGUUUCAGUUAUUGGGGGUGCUGUUAGUUUUGGCUUUUUCUUAGGAUGUGGAAUGAUAGUUCGAUGUUAA